UGCUUUUCUCUCUUGUUUUGAUUUUCUCUCUGUGCCUUACCAAAUAAUCUAGUCAAAUUUUCCUUCUAAUCCUCAGUGAUGUUACCAAUCAACUCCAGUUUCUCACAAUCACUGGAAUCAUUGAAUCCAAUUUGGUGGUUUUCUUUAUCCGCUGCAGCAACAGUUGGACUGGUUGGAGUGAUUCCAAUUUUCUUCAUUUCCUACAUACCUCAGGGUAAGAAUCAAGGAUCUAAUAGUAAAUUAAGAUUAUUGUUAAGUUUUUCCGUUGGUGGUUUACUGGGUGAUGUUUUCCUCCACUUACUUCCAGAGGCUUGGACACACGUUCAUCGAUCGGGAUCGUCCAUAGAUACACACACGACCCUUGGACUUUGGGUGGUCACUGGUAUCUCGACUUUCUUGACCAUUGAAAUGAUAUUUUUGUCAACUGGCUCAACCUCAAAGGGUGAUGUCAACAAUGAGAUUAAUAAAACACCAAGUGCUCAAAUAGUUAUCAACUCCAAUCAGAAUAAAAGUAAAUGUAUCGAUAAAACUGAGACAAGGACGAAAGACGAAACUGUUCAAAGUUCAUCGGGCAUCUCAGUGACUGGAUAUUUAAGCGUUUUCGCCAACGGGGUCGAUAAUUUCACCCAUGGCCUAGCGAUUGCUGCAAGUUUUUCUGCUGGAUUCAAGAUUGGUGUUUUAACAACCAUCGCAAUAUUAAUACACGAGGUUCCCCAUGAGUUUGGUGAUUUUGCAAUCCUCAUGAAAUCGGGAUUCUCUCGGUGGAAAGCUAUUCAGGCCCAAAUUCUUACCGCUGUCGUGGCCAUGAUCGGUGCUCUUGUCGCCUUAAUUGCCGAAAGUAAUGCAAGUGAAGUUGGAAAACACACUCAAUGGAUAUUACCUUAUUCUGCUGGUUGUUUCCUCUACAUUGCGAUGAGCAACAUUUUACCCGAUUUAAUGAAAGAAGACAAUCCAAGAGAAUCAGUGAAACAAUUAAUCUGUAUCACGAUUGGCAUAACAAUCAUGGGAUUAGUUAAUCAACUUGGAGAUAUUUCUUUCACAUCGUUUUUAUGAGAGAGCAAUCAACAAACAAUCAACAAUUGAAUGACAACAUUUCAUGACAAGCAGAAACACACACAAAACUCUGAUCACUGUGAUUAAUUGCUAAAUUAAUAUAAAUCAUCAUCAAAUAAUAUCAACCAAAAUUCACCUUCUUCCUAAAACUAAUUUGGUUACCCACUAAUCUAUAUAAAUAUAUAUAUAUUAAUUGUUGUUCAUUAUCAUUAUUAUUGUUAUAAAUUUUAUCACAAAUCAACAACAAAUCCAAUUGUGUUAUUUGUUGUGAUAUUUUGUAUUCUAUUAAUAACUUUUUCCUCUUAAAUCAUAUUCAUGAUCAGUCACGAUCAUCAUCAUGAUUUACCCAACAAUUAGAGUAAAAUAAACACCACAAAACUUGUAAAUCAUUUUCACCCGUAAUUAGAUUAACAAGAUUUUGUGUAUAUACAAUUUACCGAUCGUAAUAAAAGUUAAUCAUUUUAUUAUCAUAAUUUGCUUUUUUUUUGUUAUUCCAAUGAUUAAACUAAUUCUUGAAGAACCACAAGAAGUACUGAUAAUAAUAAAUAAUAAUCUUCAAUCCUGAUCAACUGAUUAAUCGUAAUCAUGAUGAUAGAAUCAGUUUCCUUUUCUUGUGUUAAGUUAAUUACUCAAACUUGAAUCAAUCGUUUUAAUUGUCAGAUAUAAAUAUUGUUUCCUGUGGUUGUAAUCAUCAAAAUCUAAUGAACAAACCAAAGGAAAUUUAUCAUUAACUAUUUACCAUUGAAACAAUUUAGUUUAACUUUCUAACUUGUUAACUGUUAUCUGAUUUACUCUUUAAGUAUCUCUCAGUGUGUAUAUCUUAAUUGUUUGUGUUUCUUUAAUCAUCAUGGUCGCCAUUUUGAGAAACGUUGAAGGAGAGGAAUUGACAAUGGUCAACACUUUGCUGACCUUAAAGGAGUUACAACGGAUUCCUAAAUCAUCUUGGGGAAUUAAGGAUAAAGAAAUUGAAAUUGAACGUAAAGGUGCCGAUUUGUUUUCAAUUAAAUUAAAUCCAGUUAAUGUGCUUAAUGGUUUGAAAAGUUAUUUCAAAGAUAUGACAAUCACUAGUGUCUAUCAUGUUGAUAGUAAAAAAAUUGUCACAACUUGGACAAUUUGGUGAACAAGUUUACAUUAAUCAAGUUAAUCUACUGACCAAUGUCCAAUUACCUGUGAAUAUUAAUUUCUCAAAGUGUUAAAUCAUAAAAAAAAUACAAAAUUCACUUCAAUUGAUUUGAUUUGCCAACAAUUUUCAUUUCAUUAAAAAAACAUAACAAAACUUAUACUAAUUCUUACCAAUAGAUGGCGUUAGUUGUCGAAAUGAUUUACUAAUUAAUCAAAUUGAAUGUUUUGUAAUAUGAUCACAAUCAAAGAGUAAAAAUGAUUAAAACUAAGUUUGUAUUUUGCUAAUUAUCAAAGAAAAA